AUGGCAGUUCCGUGGUUUAUUCAGAAAGAAACCUCAGUGCAAUACAAUUACAAGGAUUGUAAAAGUCUACACGUAAAAAGUCUGCUACAGUGUGCCAGUCUCUCUACGGGAAGUAAAUGUGUGACCUUCUUUUAUAUUUCUUCUACAAAUUUUUGUCAUUGGGAUUGUACCAUAAUCUACUGCGCACAUUGCUCUGAAAACCUUACCAGGAAAGGGCAGCACUAUGAAAUACAAUCAGUAAGAAAUGCCGCUUUACGUAAAACGGUGACAUCGUCGUCCACAUUUCCGUAUGACAGUGAUUUGUAUGCAGCAGUCUGGGCCGUGGAUGGAAAGGUAGCCAACGAAUGGAAUGCACGUCAGUGUUUUAUCUCAAACAACGAUGAUCAUCCCUGGAUUCAAAUUGAUUUAGGAGGAGAUUAUUUCAUUUCCUUUGUAAGGUUGUACAAUCGACAGGAUGGAUUAGGAGAGCGCCUUCACGACCUAACACUGUGGGUGUUCCGAGGUUACUACAAUUUUACAGCUUGUGGAUUUUUUAAGGGACCCGGACUAACAAAGCAAGUGGUGGAGAUAUUAUGCGAAGAUAGCGUUCCUAGGAACAUGGUUAGACUGCAGAUAACGUAUGGAUCUAUUAACAACCUUGCAUUAUGCUGGGUAUGGGAAAAGGCAGGAGUGUCUAGACAGAGCUUUGAAUCUGACAUUGAAAAUAAAACAACUCCAGAAAUGAGAAGACGGUUUACAGAGUUUGUAAAAGGAAAGCUUACUAGAGACCUAAAGAAGAUCAAGGGGCAAAUAUUAGAACUAGUGAAGAAAAAGGAGGCCGAAUGUCAGAGAAGAAACAAUACGUUUGACGUUGUAGAGGACUUUCCAUUGCCGGAAAAUCAAAUCACACUUUUGAAAACUGAAGUCCCUACCCUUAAAUAUCUACUGCGUAAAUUCGAGAUCAUAAAGGAAACAUUGAUAAAACGAGGUGUGGGCCAAAAGUAA